CACUUGUCUUCUUUUCUUUCAACACUGACAAGGGAUAAGUUGGUCUAAGACCACAAACCUUCUUUGCAGUUCCUCGGCAGGCUUUCCUGUUUCUAAUCAGUGCUUGAUACAAGGGAUUUAGAACCAAGAACACAGCCUUUGGAGACCCCACAGAAAGGAACCAAGAUCGACUAACUUCUAAAGAGAUACCACCAUGGGAAGCAAUAAAACCAGUUGGGGAUACUUCCCUGUAGCCGUGGUAGGAAUUGGCACACGUCAUGCUUGCGGAGCAAAUACUACCGAUGACUUUUGGAAGGUUCUGAAGGAAGGCAAGGAGUGCAUCCUGGAUAUUCCUGCAGACAGAUGGGCAAUCGAGAACUUUCAUGACGAGGACCAGACCAGACAAGGAAAGAUGGUAACAAAGCGAUGCGGACUCAUCGAUGAUAUGGAUGGCUUUGAUAACCUCUUCUUCAAGAUUUCACCUCGAGAAGCAGCAUCCUUGGAUCCUCAACAGCGCCAUCUCCUAGAAGUCAACUAUGAGGCCUUUGAAGACGCAGGUAUCAACCCUGAUACCCUAGGUGAAUCCUGUGGUGUCUUUGUUGGUAUUGGUAUGAUGGAUCACGCCAUUCAGCUAGUUGAUACGUCCACCACCGAUGCGUACACCCUGACUGGUAUUGCACACAGUGUGUCGGCUAAUCGUAUCUCUUAUGCAUUCAACCUCAAAGGUCCAUCCUUUGCAGUUGAUACGGCUUGUGCAAGUGGACUGACGGCCCUCCAUCUUGCCUGUACCAGUCUCUGGAACAGAGAAUGCAGCAUCGCCUUGAUGUCAGCUUGCAACGGAAUCCAACUGCCUGACAUUACGGUUGGUUUCAGUGCCCUCGGUGUACUUUCACCCGAUGGCCGUUGCAGUCCCUUCUCAAGUACCGCUAAUGGAUACGUUCGCAGUGAAGGAUGGGGCGCCCUCAUUCUCAAACCCCUCAGUCAGGCUCUUGCUGACAAUGACCACAUCUAUACUGUUAUACGCGGUAGCGCCAUCGCAGCCAAUGGAUUAGCCAAUAGUUUGACCAUGCCUUCUCCUCCGGCUCAAGAAUUCGUCAUGAAGGAAGCUUACGAGAAGUUCGGUGUAUCCAUGUCUGACGUACACUAUGUCGAAGCUCACGGCACCGGAACAAUGGUUGGUGAUCCUCUUGAAGCAGAAGCCAUCUCCAAGGCAUUUGACCGCCCCAGCGACAAACCUCUCAAGAUUGGAUCUGUCAAGAGCAACUUUGGACAUACCGAAGUUGCUGCUGGAGUGACAGCUGCCAUCAAAGUCGCCCUGAUGAUGGAAAACCGUGCCAUUCCACCAACCAUCAACUUCGUCUCUCCAAAUCCUCACAUCAACCCGGAGGAGAUGAGGCUGGAUAUCGUGACCGAAAUCCAGCCCUUCCCAACCAACGACAAACACAUCAUCGGUCUCAACUCGUUUGGAUUUGCAGGAGCACUGGCCCAUUGUAUCUUUGAGGAACCACCGAAGAGACCAGUAAAGGAACUGACCUCAGAGCAGGUGUGUGGAUGGAAGUUUGGUGACUCUGACAAGGAAGGCCAACCUAUCAUCAUUCCUCUAUCUGCAAAGUCUCCAGAGGCAUUGACAGCUGUUGCUAAACAAUGGAUGGAUGUAGACGUUGACCAGGAUGCCAUGAGUGUAAUCUCCUGGAUGUCCACCAGACGUCGACUUCAUGAAAACAGGCUCACCGUCAUAUCCAGCUCCGGCAAACAGUUCAAGACUCAGAUGAAAGACUUCGUCGAAUCAGGUGGUGCGGAAAACGCAACGUCAGGCACGGUAUACAGCGGUGAACCCAAGAUCUGCAUGAUCUUCCCCGGUCAGGGGCAACAGUACGCCAACAUGGGAAGACAACUCUACAAGACAGAACCAGUCUUCAGGAACACCGUGAACGAAUGCGAUGCCAUCUUUAAGAAGAUCAGUGGUUGGUCCGUCCUCGAAGAAAAAUCUCUCUUUGUUGAGCGCCCUCAUUCGGCAGACUACAAGCCAGACACAUUCAUCAAUGAUCUCGAAGUCUCCCAGCCAGCCAUCCUCUUCAUUCAACUUGGUCUCUUCAAUCUCUGGACCCACUGGGGUGUCAAACCUGCCUGUGUGAUCGGACACAGCCUUGGUGAGGUAUCUGCUGCUUAUGCCUGUGGUGGAAUGACCCUUGAAGAAGCGGUUGAGACCAUCUACAUCAGGAGCGUGGAGCAGGGAAAGCUGAAGGGAACUGGAAGUAUGGCAGCGCUGAGGAUGACCCUUGAGGAAGCUAGGGAGCUCUGUAGCAAGCACGAGCGUCUCUAUGUAGCAGCAAUCAAUGCACCUGGAUCCAUGACCAUUGCAGGCAAUACUCAAGCCAUUGAGCAGAUUGCCGCCGAUAACCCAACCAUUGCCAAACAGCUGCGUGUCCAGUGUGCCUUCCAUACACCAGACAUGGAUCCAACCGAGAAGACAUUCAAAGAGAAGAUGGAGAAAGUGGUUAAGACCCCUGCUGGUGUACGAAACAUCCCAUUCUAUUCUACUCUCACUGGAGCUCGGUACGAAGGAGAUUUCAAGACGGCAUAUUGGUGGGAUAACAUCCGCAAUGCCGUUGAGUUCCAGUCUGCAGUUGAAAAUGUACUGCGUGACUUGGAAUGUGAUAUGUUCUUGGAAUGUGCCGCCUCAGCCACACUGCUGUCGUCCGUCAACCAAAUUGCAAAGGGUUCUGGUGUGAAGAUCCAACUCACAACCAUCGCAUCCGGCCAAAGAAAUCAGGAUGACCGCAUGUGUGCCCUUCGAUCCCUUGGUAACAUGCACAACAAUGGUGUGCCAUUGAACUGGAAGAAUAUCACCAGGGACACUGCUGUGUACACCAAACUCCCUCUCUACCCAUGGCAACACAAGCCUUUCAUGCUAGAGCCAGAGUAUCGACGCAAGCGCCGUCUAGGUCUUGAUGACCGUACCUACAAAGGGCAGAAUGGUCAGCUCAGUCUCGAAACAUUCCCAUUCCACAGUGACCGCACCGCAAAGAGCAAACUAGUAUUUCCAGAGUCUGGAUUUGUCGAGUACAUCAUGGAAGCGACCAGUGGUGAAAAUGAGCUCCCUGUUGUGAACAAGGUUGCCUUCACCCAACCUCUAGAAUGGCCAGAGGAGAAGACAGUUACCGGAACAAAGAAGGCUACUCUGAACCUUGACUUGGUGAGAGAUGGAAACAGGGUAGAGAUCAGCUACAAAGGAUAUGUAUGCAGUACUGCAGAAGUAGAGGAGGGGACUGCCCAAGACAACACUAUCCCUGUCAAUGAUAUCAUUCAGAGAUGUCCCAAGAAGUCUUCAGCAGAAGACUUCUAUGGAUACAUGCAAGAAAUGGGUCUCGAAUACGGUGCAAAGUUCCAGGUGGUCCAGGAUGUAAGUUUGGGAAAUGGAGAAUGUGUUGGAUCUCUCGAGUCGGCUCAAGAUAACAAGCAGAGAAUCCAAACAACCCACCUAGAUGCUUGCUUCCAGCUUCUCACUUACACUCUUGGAGCCCGAUCAAGCCUGUACCAACCAGCUACCAUUGACAGCAUUCGCAUGAAUGUACCAUCACUCCCUGCUGGCGAGCCUCUUCUGGCAUAUACUUCCAUCACUGAUUGCGACAGCUGGGCACUCAGAGGAAAUGUCAUGAUUACUUUGACGAACGGAAAGGUUCUUGCUGAAAUUAAGGGAUGCACAUGUAAGAACACAUGUGGUAUACAGACGGACAUUGACAUUAAUAAGUGUCUUUACAGGAGAGAUUUCCAGACAGUCAAGGCACAUCUACCACCAAUCAAAGAAGUCGCCAAGGUGUUUGAGGAAGAAAAUCUAAGGAAGCUCUUCCCAGAUCUCAUGGAAUCAGUAACAAGGGCAGAAUCAGUGUUUUCAAACAUGGGAGCAAUCUGUCUUGCAUACAUCAAGCAUGGUUUGGGACAGGUACCAGUUAAAGAGCGCUCUGACUAUCUAGAUCCAAGAUAUUAUCGACGACUAGAAAAGCUUGCAAAAGAUAACUCAAUACGUCAGAUCACAUAUGACGAGAUCCCAAGUAUCAAAGAGGAGACGCUUAAAGUGGCACCAGAGCUAAAGCAGGAGUUGACUAUGGCACAGAGUCUUGGUGAGCAUCUCCCAACCACCUUGAGAAACCCACAGUCAGCAAUGACAUUGCUGUUCAAGCCCGAGUGCAUGGCCUCUUACUUCUUGGAUUCACUGACUACAACAUUCUACUAUAAGGCUGGCGCAGAGAUGGUACGACAGGCAGUCCUCAAGGCUCUGGAGACCAAAUCCACAGUCAGGAUACUAGAAGUUGGAGCCCGCAUGGGAGGUCUUACACAUCACAUCCUAGAACAUCUAGAAGAUCUGUGCAUAGAAGGACGAGUUGAGUAUGUGUUCACAGAUCUCAGUGUUGCUUUCUUCCCACAUGCCCGAGACCACUUGGCCGAAUACCCAUUCGUCAAGUAUCAGCAACUUGACAUCGAAACAGACAUCGAGGGUCAAGGGUUCGUCCCAGGAUCAGUCGACAUUCUGAUCUGCUUGGACACACUCCACUCCACUGGUCAUCUCCAAGAAGCCAUCUACUACAUGCGAGAGCUCAUCUGCGAUGAUGGAUGGAUACUGUUGUAUGAAGCAACAACUGUCAAGUUUAUCGCAGAGGUGAUUUUCGGUGCCCUUCGUCUUUGCUGGGUCUUUGAAGAUGACAGACCGGAAUGUUGCUGGAUGGAGCAAAAUGACUGGAAACUGGCCCUGGAGAAGAAUGGGUUCGAUGAUGUUGUGGCUCUAUCAUCUCCCAAAGAGCUUUUCCACAGUGUCCUCAUUGGACGUAAGGCAGGAGGCGAUGAUGCUUGCAUAAAUCCCAAAGCUGCACCAGUCACCACACGCAAGCAAUGGCUCUUGGUGUCACAUCCCGACAACGCACAGUUUGUCAAUCUUGUCAAGUCAUCACUCUCGGGUACAGUGACAUCUCUUUCUUAUGAUGAAAUCAUGGAGGCUGAUCUUGGCAAGCUGAAAGAAGACGGACAUGUCAUUGAGGCUCUCUUCAUCUGGAAUGUUGAUCAUGACAACGGCUUCAAGGUUCUUCUGCACUUCUUGCAACACAUCGGUGUGAAUGUAGAGAACGUUUGCAAACUAUGGAUGGUCACCUUUGCUGCCACUUCGGGACCAAGACCCAUUAAUGCAGCAGGUGCUGGUCUUGUCCAUGCUGCGGCAAAUGCCUGUCAGAUCCCAUUCGUCACAGUAGAUAUCCCAGAAGAAGUGACAAAUGGAGACAAGGUAUGGGCUUCUAGACUAGUAAACACAAUGCUAGGAAACAAGUUAUCUGACAUGGAGUUGGUUGUAAAGGAUGGCAUGGUUCUUACCCCAAGGCUUACAAGAAUGCAGCUUCCUGAAGUUAAGGUCAGCGAAACCCCCUACUGGAAGCUCACCCAAUCUGAUGAUCCAUUCAAGACAGAGUCAUCAGUAGAGGAUCUGGGCAUCGCAUACCAAGAUGGGUUUGAGGUGGUUCCGGGAACAGUACUUGUAAAAGUAUCAGCAGCCAGCAUCAACAAAAGAGAUGUUGAUCUUGCAAGAGGUAUCACAGCACAGGAAGAAGGUGUUGGCGCAUUCGGCAUGGAGUUCUGUGGAGUUGUGGAGAAAGUAGGAGAAGGCGUAACCACGAUUAAGCCGAAAGAUGAAGUUCUUGGAUUCAGUACACACUGUCUGGCAUCGUAUACUCUAGCCAAUGCAGAUCUUGUUGUCAAGAAACCAAAGAAUCUGACCCCUUCACAGGCUGCAACAACCAGCAUCGCCUUUGCAACUGCAUACUACAGCCUGGUUGAAAGAGCUAACAUCACAAAUGGGGAAUCUAUUCUAAUUCAGGUGACUGAACCAGGAUUAAGGGAUGCAGCAGUGCAGAUUGCAUCUAAUGCAGGGGCAAAGGUCAUCUGCUCCAUGGAGGAUACAUCUCAAGCAGCAUCACUGAAGAAGAUGGGUGCAAAAACUGUAUCCCUGUCAUCAUCUUCUACAUUUGUGAACGAUGUCAUCAAUGCCACAGAUGGAGCAGGUGUGGAUGUUGUCCUAAACUCCCUCCAGGGUAAGCAGAUGGAGAAGAGUUUGGAACUUCUGGCUGCCGGUGGACGUUUCUGUUCUAUCACCGACUCAAAUGCUAUCAAUUUCAAACUACAGAUGAGGUUACUGCAGAAGAAUAGGUCAUUGAUCUCGUGUAAUAUUGACAGCAUGCUUCAGCACCAGAAGUCACUACUUCAGAGGAUCCUUCGGAAGGUAACUGAGCUAAUGGGUGAAGGUAAACUCAGGCCACUUGACGUUACUUCACGACCCGUCACAGAUUACCCAACUCUAUUUGCAGAUGAAAGCAUCACUAACGCUGGCAAAGUUGCUAUCGAAAUCCCAUCAGCAUUCAAACCAAACAAGGUCAUCUCAACGACGCAACUCUUCAAGAAAAAUGCAACCUAUAUCGUAACCGCUGCUGAGUCAGGCCUAUCCCAAAUCUUUGCUCGAUGGCUCUACAACAAUGGUGCACGGCACAUAGCCAUGUGCUACCUGACAGAUGGUGGAAAGUCCAAGGCGAGUAGGACGGUCACCUACCUUACCGGUAAGGGUGCUGAAGUUUUUGAGUACUGCCAUGAGCUUCAUGUGCGGGGCCCAGAAGGUGGAGUUGCCAAAAUAUUUGGUGAUCUGAAGAAAAGGAAUGCACCGGCUAUUCGUGGCAUCUUCUGCCUCGGUGGUUACCGACUUCCAGGCAAAGAGACCAUGUCUGACAUCACUUUCGACAGUCUGCAGACAAUGCUCUCUGCAAAGGUUCGUCCAGCAAAGCUGUCACACGUCAUGUCAGAAAAGAUGGGACUAGAGCUGGACUACUUCCUCACCGUAUCCAACGAUGACGUUGCCUGGGGUAACCCCUCUGCUGUAGCCAGCGUGACGGGAGACUCGUACCUCGAGAGCUUUGCUCUGAAGAGGCGACUAGAAGGGAAACCAGCCCUCAACGUGCAAGUGGGAGCUCUCCGCGGAAUCGACGCCUAUGAAUUUGGAGGACAGACGACUCUACCAGUAAAAGAUGGAGAAGCUAGCCUCCAUGUUGAAGAGUUCUUGGUGGUGCUUGGCAAACUUCUGCUAUCUCCUGAUACCCCACCAUGUGUCUGCAUCACACACCAGGACUGGGAAGCUGUACUGAAGUUCUCUCAUGACCACACCCUAAAGUACCGCCAUCUUGCUGGAGGGGAACAAGUGGCCAUUUCAGACUGUAAACUGAGUCUAGAGGAUCUACAGAAACAGGUUAAGAACAAGCUUGGAGACCUCUUGUGCGUAAACCCUGACACCAUCGACCUACGUCAACCCAUGAUCAACUACGGUGUCGACUCCCUGAUGGCCGUCGAGAUGGUGACAUGGGCAAGUCGUGAGCUCAGCGUGGUCAUCUCCCAGCUCGACAUCCUUGGCGGUAUCACCACCGGCCUCCUCUUGGAGAAGGCUAUCGACAACAACGUCUGCAUCUGAGACUAUGAAUGAAAGAAUCAAGGGCCAGAUAACGCUUGUUCCUGAUGUCGGGAAAGGAAUACUUAUGAUGUAUGUGUCUCCAUGGAUCUCAUGGUGUUUCAUUAAGUUGUUCCCAAAGUUAUAAACUUUAUCCAAGAGUGGUUACCAAAUGUGAUUCUCUUUGAUAACAAAUUCCUUCUGAAAUUCGAUUGAUGCAGUUGCAAUCAUUUUAACGAAAAUGUGGGUUUUUUUCAACAACCUAACAGGGAUAGCGGACACAUUUUACUAAGUUUUGGCCAGGUACAUUCUUUGGCUCUUUUUAUUCCCGCCGUGCAUAAUUUUAUGAACAGCUUUAUGAAGCAUUCUUCACCUAGCUAGGUUACCGGCCCGGGAGCUACGAGAAUAGCCCCUCUCCCCCUCAUUCCCGUAAAAUUGUUGAAAAUUCUAAUGAGGGCUGAGGCGGGGGGGUGUAAUAUAUCUCUCCAUUUUCUUUUUUGGCUACAUUUGUUCACAUAAUAAUAAAUUCCGAAAGUGGUUAUCACUUAAAAAAGACACCAUAUUUCUUAGGUUUAUGGCAUUAGGCACAUAAAAAAGGUUGACGAUGCAAAACCUCUGAUGUGUAUCAUGUUUGUACUGUGCUGAACAAAUAUAGAAUCCAAUAAAACAUUUUUAUCAGAAUAAAAUUAUCUUGGAUAACAAUUCAAUAAUAGACUAGAAGGGAAGUGAUAAUUUUUUGUUUGACAAAAAAGUAUAAUUUUUUAAACAAUUAAAGAUUGUGUAAAACACUGUCAGUUCAUGGGGGCGGGGUGGUUACUCUAUGUUUUCAACUGACAAAGUUUUAUUUGAUGAUGAACUAAAUAUGAUAAAACCUGGAUAGAGUGUAGAGUGGUAUUGCAAUAAAUUGGAGGUUUUGAUACUCUUUUAUGGAGGAGUGGGCAACUGCUACAUCCCUCUCACUGCGUACAGCCAUUAUGUCCAAAUUAUAGACUGAAAGGAUAAAUUGAAUUUGUUUUAUUUCAUAAGAAUGAUUUUGAGAAUUUUAUGAGCAAAUUGUAUUUGAUUUGGGAAAUCCAAUUUAUUUUUCACUAGAAUCGAUAUAUUUUGUUGGUUGGUUUUAUCAUUUGACAAAGAUAUCUUAUGAUUAAUUCAAAUAUGUAUGAUGUGUAUAAUAUCGUUAGAAAUUAUUACUUGUCUAUGACAUUUAAAGGAUUCGACUUUAUGAUUGAUGAGGGAUUAAGUUUCAUUUAAUUUCUGGGAUUCUUUUUAGUAAAAUGAAUUUAGUAGAUUAGAAAGAAUAUUUGGAUUUUUUAUGUGUUCUUAUACCACAAUAUUAAAUGUAAUGAGAUUUCUUUGGCAAUUUUAAGAUAAUUUGAUUCUACAAGUGCAAUUGGGUCAGAAUAUAUAUAUUUAUUUCUUUUCAGUGAAGUAUGUGCAAUCGAGGUAUAUGUUGGUCAUUAAAUAUUAUAAUACAUAUAAUUAAAUGAUUCAUUUAUGUCUCGUUUACUAGAAUGGAUAGUUGAAUUACUGGGAUAUAUUAUUUGAAAGAAGCGAGAGAGAAAACUGAGAAAAAGAAAAUGAUGUGUGUGGGUGGGUGUGUGUUUUUGGUUUGGGAAGAAAAUGAUUGAAUACGAGAGAAGAGACAAAAAAUGAGAGAAAGUGUGUGUGUAUGUUGGGGUGGGUAGGUGAGAAGGCAAAUGUGGGGGAGUGGAAGAGAUGAGAGAGUUGGUAAGGAAAAGUGGAAGAGAGAGGGGAUAUGUGUGUGAGUCGGAGAGAGAGAGAGGGACUGGGAAGUGGAGUGUGUGCGUCAGAGAAAGGGAGCGUAGAAGAGGGGAGAAUGUGUGGGUUAGAGAGGGAGUGUGUGAGGAAGGGUGGGGUUGAAGAUAUGGGAGAGUGGGUGAAAGGGUGGGUGAGGAAUAGUGGAAGAGAGAGGGUGUAUGUGUGUGAGUCCGAGAGGGGGAGGCGGAGUGUGUGUGUGUUCAGAGAAUGGGAGAGUGGAAGAGAAAGGGGAGGAUGUGUGUGGGUAAGAGAGAGAGAAAGAAAGGAAGAGGGAAGAACAUGCUAAAGAAAAAAAAAAGAGUGAAAGAGAAGGGGAUGGAAUUUCUAUUUCUCUCUGAUGAAUAAUUUCUAUCUGUCAAUUUGGUCCCCUCUCAACAACAUUUUCUCAUUGUAUUUCCUUGCAAACUUUAGGGAUGCCAGUUGGAAUUGAUCAGAGGGCCUGAAAAUCACCUAAAAUACAAUAUUUUGUACACAAAAAUGCCAAAAAGUAUGGCCUGAAAAUAAAUUGCCAGAGCCUGAAUUCAGGCUUUUUGCCUGAAGACUGGCAUCCCUCAAAUUUGUCAUUUCUCUUUAUCAAUCCUUGAAAGUGUUAACCAGGACCCUGUUACAGGUAACUAAGUGAUUGAUCACAGAACAACAAUAUUGCUUUUGAUUGCAUUGACCAUAAUGCUUAAUGACUAAUAACCAACUGUACGAUCAAUUUUUAAACUUUGUGUUACAGGGCCCAAGGCUCCCUAAAGGUUGCUAUCAAUUGCAGAACUCAUUGGUUACAGUUCAGUCUAUUGGACAAACACUUUCAUGCCAAAGUUAUUGUUUGGCCAUUGUAGAGUUGAUGGCACAUUUUUUUGAUGCAGAACCUGGGCGACAAUGUAGACAUUCUCUCUGAUGGGUCCUCAUUUCUUUAUUUCUCAUCUCUCCUUUCUUCUUCCUCUUUGUAUUCUGAGAGUAAGUUAACUCUCAAUGACAUGGUCAUACCAACAGCACCACCAGACUAACAAGCCUGGAAAAAUUAAGGGGGGGGGGUCCUUUGACAAAAUCAUGUUGACAAGACCCCCCUCCUCCUUCCCCACACAAAAUAAAGAGGCAGUGAUUUCCAAGAAAAAAGUACUUGCACCUAGAAAAUGUUUGACCAGCAUGUAAGCAACAAGAAAAUCACAUCUCAAAAUGGUAAAAAAGGGUACUGUUUUAGGUGAAGGGGUAUCACAUACCCCCUCCCAUGGUAAGACCGUGGAUAUUGUGAAGGUCAAAUUCAUACAAAGACAAUUGUUUUUUCAGUCUACAGUAUAAUUCAUUGAUGCGAAUGUGACAUAUCUCAACAAAAAGUGAAGAAGAGAACAGAAACAACACGAAUAACAGACUAUUUUUUCAUUUUCCCUUGGGCUGGUUUAUUUAUGAAGACGGUAUUCCAAAUCCAACAUACUAUAUUUAAAAUAAAAGUGAUCGCUUCACUCCUGAGCUUACUAAAUGUGUAUUUUUAAAACAAUUCCAGUGUUUACUCCAAAAAUAUAAAUAGAUAUUGAUUCCAAGAAACAUCAUGCAUAUAGCUUAAAGGUAACUUUGAAAGAGAAGCAUCAUAAUGGAGGAGUAUUACCUGUGCACAGCUCCCAUUUCAGUAAGCUCAUGCAUAAUUUUGCAGGACUUUAUUUCAACUACAAAGGAACUGAAUUUCCAGAGUUGGAAGAUGAAUAUCACGGACAUUUCAAUAAAAAAGCAUACAUUGCAUCAGAACAUACACAACCCUAACAUAGUUAAAAAUGUCAGGAGUAUGUUUAUAUAUGUCAAAUUAUACCACACUAAGCAAGAUAUUUUUUCAAGAUUUUCAUUAAAAUGUCUGUAAUAUUGGAAGCAAAAAUUAAAUUCUCCACAGGUCAUUAAUUAAAUAGAAGUAACCAAUAAGGUAUUCGCAAAAUGGGGCUGAGCACCACAUGCACAUCCUGCAUGUAGAAAAGCUCACAAUACACCUCUGAAGUCUCUUCAACGGAUUACAAAAUGAUUUUCCUUGAAGCAUAAAACACAACUCACACCUAGAAAGACAAGAAUACUGAUAUUGUUUGAAGUACACUUGUCAAAUACAUGUAUAUACUGCAUAUUUUUGUCAACCUCCUCAUAAGUGUGAAAAUAGCACCAUUUUUUUGUUGCAAUGCAUAAUUGGUUUACAAAAGACAGUUCACGAUAUUAAUAAGUAAGCUAUACACAUACAAAGAAUUCCUGUUAGACUUCCUCAUAGACAUUAUGCAAUUACAUACAAGAAUAAAUACAUGAUUUAUCAUACUUUAAAUAGACACGCUUAAUCUUUAUUUCUAGAAAGCUAACAGCUAUCUAUCUAAAUAAAACACAACACGGAGUUUUCAAAUUUACGUUUCAAUCAAAAUGACAGCAUUUUGGGCUAUUCAUAGAUACAAAAUAUUAUCAUCUCCCAAUAUCUACGUAUGUACAAUAUAUACCAUUGUUAAAAAUAGAGGAACAAGCUUGCAAUAUCAAGAUUUUUUUUCGAAAAAUGCUUUCCCAAAUACCAUGUUUGUCAGAUUUACCAGUUCAAAGAUUACACAGUUGUGCGAGGGAUAUAAAAUUAUUGAAAUGUUUAAAUGGUAAUGCUAAAUAUAGGGGUACUAGCACUGCUCUAAAACUGCUAUAUAGGUUCUACCUCUCACAAGAGGCAGUACUGGCAAAACCAAUCUAAUCAAAGCUCUUCAAAAAUAUAUAUAUAUACACAGAAUAUUUAAAUAGAUAAUUUUCAAUGUAUCACAAUCCCUGACAACCAGUUUCAAUAAUCAUUAUUUAUAUAAAAUGAAAUGUUAUCGGAAAUUUAAUGCUUCUUUUUUUGACAGUGGAUUUGGAAGCAAAUUAGGAAGAUUUUAGUAUGUCAUGAGGAUAGAAUACACACUGAAAGAAGAUUUCUAAAUCUACAAAUCUAAUAACAAAUGGCAGUGUAACUGGUUUGGUACCGAGCAAUUUAAGUAGACAUUUAUAAGUAUACAUUGACUCGCAGUUUGAUUUUUCCAUCAAAGUAUCACCUAAUUUUGAGAUCAAGGAAUAGUUUGGCUUAUCGAUUUCACUUUCAUUUCAGCCAAUAUUUCCAUAGUUUAUUCUGGGUGAUAAUAAAAAUACAGUUCCUUGAUACACAGUUCAUUGCAAUAUUGAACACUGAAUCAUUAUUACCGACUCCUGUGAUUAAAAGCUGAAUUAACUCUUACAAAUAAGGGCGUUCGUUUUCCGCGAUUGGCCAUUCAUAAUAUGGAUUAUCAAACAAUAUACUUAGGAGGUCCUUAAAUAAUGCAUUGUUGAAGAUAAAUUCUUUCAUAAUUAUAAAUGAACAGCUAAAUAUGUACACAAUAGAUGUCAACAAACUUUUGAAACAGUAUGAUAAAAGGAAUAGAAAAAAACGCACAGCAAUUGAUUAAUAUAACACAUAAAUGCUUUAAUGGUUAAUUUUAAAAAUAGAUUUUUUUUUAUAAAGAGUUGCAAGUAACACAUGAACUUACGUGUUAACAAAGUUUGUUUGCAUGGUGCAGCAUAUGAAGUAUGUUGCCAAUUUGAUAAUUACAGUGUAAACAUGAGGAAUUAGGGUCAUAAAUAAUGAAAGGCUUUUAAAAAAUAAUGCACAAAUACAUUACAUAAUAUAAUACGUAUUUACUGUUGCAUUUAAAGUUGGCAUGGAUAUUUCUUUUUGCUUCCUCUGACAAGUUGCGGGCUGAAUUCACUUUUUUUACUCUUGUAGGGAUUCCAGAUGAAAGAAGAGAAAUUUUCAAAGGGUAUGCAGAGGAUAGACAGUGGGAUCCAUGGUGGGAAAUAAGUUUUUAAGCAUUAUGUGGAUUUGGAUUAACAUUUUCAGCGUAGGGUCUGACUUGCUUAGACUAGCAUGUUGAUGAUGAACAA